GGUAAGCAUUGCUUCUUUUAUUUCCUUGCCUGUCAACCCCUUGGUUGUUGGAAAGAAUGGAGACCUCACAAGCUAUUGCCAUUGAGAGCUUUUCGUGCAGUUGGUUGACAAACAAGAGAUUUUCUUUCGAUAGCCUCAGUGAGCCGCUGAGAACAUCUUUAGAUGUUCCCGGGGAAGAUAUCUCACAAGAAUCUGAUCAUAAAAUAGCAAGGUCAAAGAAGUUCUUGGAAGAAGCCCAGAAUUUCAACUUUGAUACUUCCUUCCCUAAGGCUCCUGCAACCCUUGUCCAUGCCGAUGAAAUAUUCUCUAAUGGACUCAUCUUGCCAAAGUUUGGUGACCUGGGAAAUAAGGGGGCCUCCGAUGCCUCGAGUUUGGCUCCUUCAAGUUCUUUAAGGACUGUUUGCCCAUCUGAUAGAAUCCGCACUUAUUUUCUCAAAAGAUGGCGAAAAUCAUCAAGGAGAAUCUUGAAGAAGUACCUUGGCUUUUUCAGGCCCUUUUGCAGGGAGGUGGGCUGCUCAAGAAGAGGCAUUAGAGUGGAUGAUAUUGACGGCAGGGAAGUGUGGGAAGAGGAGAGCUUGAGCAGUUCAACUCCCCAAAGAGGAAAAGGAAAUUAUGUGGGCAAUUGGUGUGACAUCAAGAGAAAAAGCAUUAAAACCACUGAUGAUUCUGAUACAGGAUUAAUCCGAAAGGCUAAAAGUUGGAGCAAUUCACUACAGGCAUCUCCACAACACAGUCCAUAUUAUCCUACGGGUGACUGGAGUAUCGACAGCUCGAUUUAUGAGGCCAUUCUCCAUUGCAAAAGAUCUUUUGAAAAAUGAGAGUAUUUAUUUUGCUUAGGAUAAGAAGAGAAUAGGAGGAAGAAAUGAAACCAGAGCUUAUUGAAACACUGGGAGAGAUCAUCAUCAUCAUCAAGCAUCAAGCCUACAAGAACUUCUUUCAUCAUUUCUGUUUCCUCUUUCUUUCUGGUUUUGGCAGUAUAGCUAAAGCUCUUUUUUUCUUUGGAACUAUAAGAAAACAAUUAUAGAAACCAGGGUGCUGUAUUCCUGAUGAAUUUACUCUAAAAUAGUUCGAUACACUUGUCUUUGUACUUGUUUGUGUAAAGGGAUUUUUCUUUCCA